AUGGAUAGAAAAAACACUAACAAGAGAAAACGAGAAUCAAGUGAGACAAGCGUUUUAAAGUUGAAAAAAGACAAGAUACCAGCAAAUCCGCUUAAUAAUACGGCUUACCCUUUUUCUACGGGUCCAAGGAAAUACACAGUUUCUGUUGCUCUUCCAGGGAGCAUUAUUGCGAAUGCACAGGGGUUGGAGCUGAAAACAUUUCUUGCUGGACAAAUUGCUAGAGCACUGGCUAUUUUUUGUAUAGAUGAAAUUGUAGUUUUUGAUGACUCUGGAAUACCGAAAGAACAGAGUGUUUUUGAAAAACACAGUGGAGUAAGCGACCCAAACACUUUUCUUGUCCACCUGCUGCGGUACAUGGAGACGCCACAAUAUUUGAGAAAAAUAUUAUUCCCGAUACAUAGAGACCUUCGGUUUGCCGGGCUUUUGAAUCCCCUGGACUGCCCCCACCACUUGCGCAUUGAUGAAGGUUUUCCUUACAGAGAGGGCGUUACACUGGAUCCCACACAGCAUCCCAAGGUCCCCAAGCAUUCUACGUUGGUGGAGGCGGGUCUAAGGCGGAAAGUUCUUGUUUCACAAAAAAUCAAACCAGGUGUACGAGUAACGCUUUCCAUGAGCGAGACAAGUAUUCAUAAAAACCAAUAUAUCAAGGCAGAAGUCGUCAGCCCCUCUGCGCCACGGGAAACGAUGGGGUACUACUGGGGUUAUAAUGUCCGUUUUGCACCCUCUUUAUCGGCUGUGUUAACAGAGGCUCCAUACGGUAAUGGCUAUGACCUGACCAUUGGGACAUCGGAAAGAGGCACUGCUUUUGAUGAUGUCAAAGACCAUCUUCCGGCUUUCGACCAUAUUCUUAUUGUCCUGGGAGGACUAGGUGGCCUGGAAGCAGCGGUUGACGCUGACCAGGAUCUCGAGGCCGGAGGCGAUUCUGCAAGUACGCUCUUUGAUGCAUGGGUCAAUGUAUGUCCUGCACAGGGAAGCAGGACCAUCCGCACGGAGGAGGCACUGCUCAUCACACUUGCCCAGAUGAAGCCUGUCGUCAUGGCCAAGGGGAGACUCUGA